UAAAGACAAACGAAGAGACUUGCACGGAAAACGAUUACAAUAGUUUUUACGACUUGUACAGAACUCAAUACUUUCCCAUUUUUUGAUACAACCUAGUCAUAUAUUUCAUAAUGAGUGCGGAAGAAGUUGCGGCGUCGACGCCUGAGCGUCAUGCCAUUGGUAUUUCCUUUGGCAACUCCCACAGUUCAAUCGCCAACACUGGUGCUGAUGGCAAGCCUGAAGUCAUUGCCAACGAAGAAGGAGACCGUCAAAUUCCUUCGAUAUUAUCUUACGUCUCCGGCGAAGAAUUCCACGGUACCCAGGCCAAGGCUCAGCUCGUCCGCAACCCCAAGAACACUGUUGCCUACUUUAGAGAUUUCCUCGGAAAGGACUUCAAGCAGGUCGACCCUACUUCUGCCCACGCCUCUGCUCACCCCCAGCAACACGAGUCUACCGUUGCCUUCUCCAUCCACGACUCCGAGUCCGAGACCCCCAACACUGUCACCGUCUCUGAGAUUACCACUCGCCACAUCCGCCGCCUUGCCUCCUCUGCCUCCGAGUACUUGGGCUACAAGGUCAACGCUGCCGUCGUGACCGUCCCCACCGACUUUUCCGACAAGCAGCGCGCUGCGCUCACCGAGGCCGCCAAGGCUGCUGGCGUCGACGUUCUCCAGUUCAUCCACGAGCCCGUUGCCGCUGUCCUCGCCUACGAUGCCCGUCCCGAGGCCAAGGUCUCUGACAAGAUUGUCGUCGUUGCUGACCUCGGCGGCACCCGCUCCGACGUUGCCGUCAUUGCCUCAAGAGGCGGUCUCUACACCAUCCUUGCCACUGCUCACGACCCCGAGCUUGGCGGCUCCAAGCUGGACCAGGUCCUUAUUGACCACUUUGCCAAGGAGUUCGUCAAGAAGCACAAGACCGACCCCCGUGAGAACGCCCGCAGCCUGGCCAAGCUCAAGCUUGAGUCUGAGGCCACCAAGAAGGCUCUCAGCUUGGGCACCACUGCCACCUUGAGCGUCGAGUCUCUGGCCGAAGGCAUCGACUUUUCCGCGACCAUUAACCGCACCCGUUACGAGCUGCUCUCCAGCAAGGUCUUUGGCGAGUUCCGAAGACUCAUCGAGACUGCCGUCUCCAAGGCCCAGCUCGACCUCCUCGACAUUGACGAGGUCAUCCUGUCCGGCGGUAGCUCGCACACUCCCAAGAUUGCCAGCGUCGUCGGCGCUGCAUUCCCCGAGACCACCACCGUGCUCGCCCCCUCCACCUCCACCUCCGCCAUCAACCCGUCUGAGCUCGCCGUCCGCGGCGCAUCCAUCCAGGCCAGCCUGAUCGAGGGCUUCGAGCACGAGGACAUUGAGCAGUCCACGCACCCCGUGGUCACCGUGGCCCCGCACCUCAACCGCGCCAUUGGCGCCCUCGUCAUCUCCGCCGAGGAGCACCACGGCAUCUUCCGCCCCUUGCUCGAGCCCGAGACCGCCGUGCCCGCCCGCCGCACCGCCCAGUUCGCCACCCCCAAGGAGGGCGGCGACGUGCUGAUCAAGAUUGUCGAGGCCGCGCGCGAGAUCCACUCGCGCAAGCCCGAGCCCAAGCCCAAGGCCGACGAGAAGAAGGAUGAUGAUGAUGAAGAGGACGACGUCUCCGACUUCACCGACAGCGAAGACGAAGAGGAAGAAAUCCGCGAAAAGAAGUGGAAGGUCCACACCGUCCUCGCAGAGGCCGCUAUCAAGGCGACCAAGAAGGGAUCCAAGGUCGAAGUCGUCAUCAACGUCGGCAGUGAUCUCGGUAUCCAGAUCACCGCCCGUGAAGUCGGUGCCCAGGGCGGCGUCCGUGGAUCGGUCGAGAAGCCUGCUACUGCUGUCAAUGGUAGUGCUUAGAUUAUGAUAUAGGGAUAUAGCCAGUGCUGGUUGUGCUGGUUAGGGGCUGUUUAUGAAUCAUAGUAUCUAUUAUUUUUCUUAGUCAUUUAUUCUACUACUAUCACCAGGAAGCAUUGCGGGCUUGGUUCCUUUUUUCCUUUCUUUUCCUUGUUUUUGUCACGUGGUUGAGCCUUUGUCGGGGUUCUAAAAAAGAAGGUUGCUGUUGCUGUUACUUAAAGAUAGAAUUGCUUUCACUACAAACGAUAUAUUUUACAGUACGACAUAGUUCAGCUUGUAAGUUGGUGGUAGUGUUCUGAGUCUGUUGCAUGCAAUGAGCUGUACUAGUAUAAGUAUUCUAAGGACGGCUAGUGAGAGUCCAUUCAAAAGGAGUAUAUAUGACGAUGCUAAACGUGGGUACAAGA